CGUAAGUGCUGUGUUUCACAUUGGCCUUCCUGUCUGACAAUAGAUAACAGGAUGGCCAAAUAGAGUUAAUUGGUCGUCUGCUCCCGAAGUCCCCGACAGUUGCAAUGGAUCUACUUAGCCUGCUAUCCUUGUUUGUAAAGACAUCCUGGUUGCUAGGCCUGGCGGCUGCUUUCCUGUACAUAUGGCGCAAUUUGAAUUCACGCGCUUCAUCAACCAAAGCAAGUCAACGGCUAUCAGAAUAUGGUAACAAUCCUGAAAGCAUUCCUUUGGAUGCUGCACCGGCGGCGCCCAAGGGUUGCUGCGGCGGCGGUAACCUAACGACUGAAUGUUGCCAGGCAACCGCCCCUUCCCCAGCCGCCAACCCCCGCCAGCAACAAGAGCAGCUCCCUACCGCCACCACCCACGCAGCCUCCACCACAACCCCCACCACCGCCUCAGCCCCCACCACCACCACCACCACCGCUGCUGCUGCCCCCCUGACCAUCAAGGUCUUGUACGGCAGUGCUCAGGGCACCUCCAAGCAGCUAGCCCUCGAUCUGGGUCAGCGCCUCUCCCAAGCCCUGGCCUCACCCCCUCCAUCAUCGACCUCGCCCAUCUCCCCUGCUGCUAAUGCUGCUGCUGAUGCUGAUACCAACACUGCAACAGCUUGCUGCGGAAAGAGCAGCGGUGCAGCCGAGGAGGGAGGCAGCAGCAGCAGUGCUACCGGCUACUGCUGUAGAGGCGGCGACGUAGGCGACAGCAGUACGGAAGGCAAGGAUGACUCAUGCUGUCGCAACCCCAACGUCACCAGCAAUACCGCCACCACCACCACCACCAGCAACCACACCUGCUGCAAACAGCAAGGGCAGCAGCAGCAGCAGGCAGCAGCAACAGCAGCACUCCCCGCAGCAGUGCCGCCAGCGGCGGCGGUUGUGUCGGUUGCUGACCUAGCG